AACAACAAACACGAUUGAAAGCUAUAGAACCGAGAGUUGAACUUUGAACUUGAACUCUGCUGCUCUAAAAGCUUGCAGUUUCUCAUCUAUUGACGUACUUAUUUUCAAAAUAUCUUAAGUUUCUUCAGUGAAAUUUCUCAUCAGAAUGUCCGGCCUGAAGUUGUCUGGAUGGCUGGUCGGAGUUGUCUCCAGUUUGGCCUUCUCCAUCUCCAGCGUCGCUGCUAAUUCCCCAAAAAGCUCUGAAAAAAUGCUCUUCGACUUCACCACCUUGGAAUCGGUGUCCGACUGGACGGAGAUGUCCGACGUGGUGCGCACCGUCGGCAUGUCCAAGGCCACCCUGACCCUGCAGAAGACCCAGGUCUUCCAGCGAGCAGUCUUCUUCUCCUUGCUCAACCCGCAGCCUAAUGGAGCCGGAUUCGCUGGCGUUCGGAAGGCUGUCCAGCUCGACCUGACCGGCCACACCGCCAUCAAGGUCAGGGCCAGAGUGCAGGGCCCCAACCUCCACUACAAGAUGGUUCUCCGGCACAAAGGCGAACAAUAUGAGCCUUUCCCCACUUACGAAAACUUCUUCACGGCAAAGCCGAACGAGUUUGAGGAAAUCAAUCUGCCUCUCAGUGAGUUCAAGGCCUACUACAGAGGCAAGCCGAUGCCAGACGCAGAGCCCCUGGACCUAGCGCAGGUGUCCAGUGUCGGCCUGCAGGUGUACGGCGGAGUUUAUUCCGAGCAGAAGCAGGCAGGGCCUGGCUCCAUGGAAAUCGACUGGAUUAAAGCUGUUUAAAUUUUACUAGAGGAAAUAAUAUAGUUAUCAGUUAUAUUUUCUUUGUUGUUACUUUUCAUAAUAGAUUAAUUUUUUUAUUGUUCGUGAAUUAAAAAUGCAUCAAAUAGA